UCACCGACGUAAAUUUGUCAGCACAGCGAUAGACACACAUGCUGCAAAAGUAAAGCUUCGAUCAAAUGAUUUGAUUCUGAACAAUUUUUUCUGACAUGGAAACCAUAGUUUCUAAGUAGUCACUUGGGCUUUACAAAUCAGCAAUUCCUGGGAAGCCCCUCUGGAUCGGCAUUUGGCCUGAAAGGCCGGGCGCCCGGCUUUUUCGCAAGCGCAAUACCCCAGCAAUAUAAUUUGACAGGCUAAGUAACAGCCGUGGGUGUUGAGAAUAUGUAUCACGGCAGCUGCAACUUACUGAAUCCUGUCAUCGUUGCCGAUCUCCAUGCCGUAUCGUUCCAUCCGUUAUUAUUGAUUGAUCCAAUUCAUUUUGUCGUUCUGGCGUCGGAUAAAUUUGCUGAUUAUGCUGCCUAUAGAACACGGGAACAAAACAGGAGAACCACAAUAUCACGCAACCGACGGUUGACUUUCGUGGUCAUUUGUUGUACGAUACUUGGUAUACAGUACAACUGCGCAGUGGACGGUGUACAACGGUACAACGCGGCUAUAUUUUUAUGAUAGCGGAUCGCCACAGUGAAUCAAGACGCUUCAUUCAUGAAAUCCCUGAUUCUGCUUUUCUCUCCCUGCUUCUUUUCCGACAACAAGCGUGAUCGUGCUGCAUAUUAUCCACACUUCCUGUUGUGAGAUUUGAUCUUGGGUGUAGAAUCUCAAAUCUCCGAUCAUCUUGGAAUUCAAACCUCUGCAUACAUUGUACAAACAGUAUUUAUUCAUUCAGCCACUAUCAAGCUGCGCGUUUUACGGCGUUCGAGUGGCGUUAAGCGGAUCCAGGUUGUAACUCCGUACAACAUUGGAUUAACUUCGCCCAUACAUUUCGCCAUUAACUUAUUUAUUGUCUGUUUUCUACGGAUGGAAUCAUCUGUAAUAAUUAAUGGCCUGGUAUUACCACUACGUAGAAUAUCUUUCCCAAGUAUGGUCGGCCAUAUUGUUUAUCGUAUCGUAUCAUGAAUAAUUCCGCGGGAAAGGAAUUCAUCCACACCGAAGCCACUACUGCAUCCCCCAUAUCAUCCUACCAUUAUAUCCACGAUUCCAGCACACGCAGCUUGCCCGACAAGGUGCAUUAUCCCGUGAACAAUAGUAUGGAUACCGCUGUCAAGGUUAAUAAUCAAAAACCAGCCUAUAAUGGUUUAACGGAAACGCAGACGGAUUCCGACAGACUUCUUGGUGAGCCAGAAAAGCCGCCGCGCCGAGCCAGCGUCCACCAGAAAGUGUCCAUUUUCGAGCAUUUCGUUUUCAAGGACGUUAUCGGAACUGGGGCCUUUAGCAAAGUUGUUCUUGCGCAACGACGUCCAUUAAUUGGUGAGCAUACUUUCAAUCCGGAUUACAAAAAGGAUGCCGUGCUUAAUCUGGCAUUGAAUCGUUCUCCGUCCAACAUUCUGGCAUCCAGUCGAGAGGAUUUCAAAAACAAAAAGACUUCAAGUUUGGACCACAUGAACGAGAUGCUGAAAGAUCACGUUGCUAUCAAGUGCAUUGAUCGGCGCGCACUUAAGGGCAAGGAAGAAUCUUUAGAAAAUGAGAUCAAAGUUUUAAAACGAUUAAAACACCCGAACAUUGUCCAACUGUUUGAUACCUAUGAGGAUUCCAAUCAUGUGUAUCUUGUAAUGGAGCUGGUGACCGGUGGUGAACUUUUUGAUCGCAUCGUGGAAAAGGGAAGCUACACUGAGCGUGAUGCCAGUCGUUUAAUAAAACAAAUCCUCCUCGCCGUUGAUUUCAUGCAUCAACAGCAGGUUGUCCACCGGGACUUGAAACCGGAAAACCUACUUUACUUCAGCCCGGACGAAGAUUCCAAAAUCAUGAUCAGCGAUUUUGGUUUAUCUAAAAUUGAAGGCAGUGGUAGCAUUAUGGCUACGGCUUGCGGGACUCCGGGAUAUGUGGCCCCGGAGGUACUUGCACAGCGACCAUAUGGAAAAGCUGUUGACGUAUGGAGCAUAGGAGUGAUUUCCUACAUAUUGUUGUGCGGAUAUCCCCCUUUUUACGACGAGAACGAUGCCAAUUUAUUCGCUCAAAUUAUGAAAGGAGAAUAUGAAUUUGAUUCUCCUUACUGGGAUGACAUAUCAGAAGCAGCAAAGGAUUUUAUCCGGCACUUAAUGUGUGUGGACCCCAGCGAAAGAAUAACAUGCGAGGAAGCACUAUCUCAUCCUUGGAUUUCUGGCAAUGAAGCCGGCACGAAGAAUAUUCAUGGUCGUAUAUCGGAACAGCUUCGAAAGAAUUUUGCCGCCAAAACCAAAUGGAGGCAAGCCUACAAUGCCGCCGCCGUGAUUCGCCGCAUGCAGAAGCUGGCGCUGGCGGGAAGCACCACCAACAGUCCAUCCACAUCGACGUCAACAACGCCAUAGCGGCAAGCGUGGAGAAAAUCAUUUCCCCAAAUCCCAGUUCAGGCAUCCUUUCUGGCGGGGGCAGUCGCUCGUCGACUGCACAUUAACGCCUAAUGGCCAUCAACAUCCGCCAGGAGAACACUGUGUGUGACUCGGCUAUACACCGUUUUCCGUUGUAUCACGCAGCGGGCGAGGCUAUGCCCAUACAACAAGUCCGGCCCUAAAUCCAUGUUUUUCAAUAAGGUUCCCUUUACGUAAAGACCUUCUAUUUUUUCGUUAACGAUUUUAUUCCGUAUUUUACUAAUCAGUGCGAGGUUUUUAAUUACAUGCUGCAAGGCCCUCCAUUGGCAAUGCAGCUCAUGAUCAGCAUCGUCCGCCGUGCUGAGCACUUGGAUACUCCUGUUUAACUAUACUAAUUUGCUAACGUUUAGCUGUAAACCACGCAUCCAUAAACACUAAACGUUGCUUGUUUUCUGUCCUUGGUGCACGAAGUUGUUAGCUGCUGUUUAAACAGUGGAUGCGACAGGAGCAGUGCACGCGUUAUAAUGUUUGAUAUGCCUCGGGCGAACUUUUACAUUCCCGAUUAAAUCUUUUUUUGG